CCAGCAACAGCAGCGUCAGGGCCUCGGGGGCCCCCACUCCGGGUCCUGGAGCCCCGGCUAGGGCCUGACAUGCAAAAGCGGCCUUUACUUUUUCAUAGUUGCUGAAUGUCUGCAGGGAGGAAGGAGGCGGCUCUUUAUCUCAAGAGACCAGAAGAAAAUUCCUGGCCAUUCAGAAUGGUUUCCCAGGGCUCCUCGCCCUCCCUGCUGGAGGCCCUGAGCAGCGACUUCCUAGCCUGUAAAAUCUGCCUGGAGCAGCUGCGGGUGCCCAAAACGUUGCCCUGCCUGCAUACCUACUGCCAGGACUGCCUGGCCCAGUUGGCCGAGGGCAGCCACCUCCGAUGCCCUGAGUGCCGCGAGACUGUGCCUGUGCCGCCCACGGGCGUGGCUGCCUUCAAGACCAACUUCUUUGUCAACGGGCUCCUGGAUUUGGUGAAGGCCCGAGCCGGUGGAGACCUGCGCGCAGGGAAGCCGGCCUGUGCACUGUGCCCGCUGAUGGGGGGCGCCAGCGCGGGGGGGCCAGCCACAGCCCGGUGCCUGGACUGCGCCGACGACUUGUGCCAGGCCUGUGCCGAUGGGCACCGCUGCACUCGGCAGACCCACAGCCACCGAGUGGUGGACCUGGUGGGCUACAGGGCAGGGUGGUACGACGAGGAGGCCCGGGAGCGCCAGGCGGCCCAGUGUCCCCAGCACCCGGGGGAGUCCCUGCGCUUCCUUUGCCAGCCCUGCUCCCAGCUGCUGUGCCGGGAGUGUCGCCUGGACCCCCACCUGGACCACCCCUGCCUGCCCCUGGCCGAGGCUGUGCGUGCCCGGAGGCCAGGCCUCGAGGAGCUACUGGCGGGCGUGGACAGCAACCUGGCCGAGCUGGAGGCCACCCGGCUGGCGGAAGAGGAAGCCUUGGCCUGUCUGCGGGAGCAGGCAGCCAAGGUGGGCACGCAGGUGGAAGAGGCAGCCGAGGGGGUCCUCCGGGCCCUCCUGGCCCAGAAGCAGGAGGUGCUGGGGCAGCUACGGGCCCACGUGGAGGCUGCCGAGGAGGCUGCACGGGAGAGGCUGGGGGAGCUGGAGAGCCGGGCACAGGUGGCCAGGGAGGCGGCCGCCUUUGCCCGUCGCGUGCUCAGCCUGGGUCGGGAGGCCGAGAUACUCUCACUGGAGGGGGCGAUUGCCCAAAGGCUUCAGCAGCUGCAGCGUUGUCCCUGGAUGCCUGGGCCAGCCCCCUGCCUGCUGCCCCAGCUGGAGCUCCAUCCUGGACUCCUGGACAAGAACCGCCAGCUGCUAAGGCUCUCCUUUCAGGAGCAGCAGCCCCAGAAGGACAGCGGGAAAGACGGAGCCAGAUGCCAGGGAGGCGCUGCAACCCCGCCCCAGAGCAGGGACGGAGCCCAGACCCCAAAGCAGGACAGCACGCAGCCGCCCCAGGAAGAUGGAGCCCAGACCCUAAAGGCGGAGAGAGCCGAGACGCCCCAGGAAGAUGGAGCCCAGACCCCGAAAGAGGGCAGAGCCCAGACACCCCAGGAAGAUGGAGGAGCCCAGUCCCCAAGGGGCGGCCGAUCCAACAAGAAGAGGAAGUUCAAAGGCAGGCUCAAGUCCGUUUCCCGGGAGCCCAGCCCAGCACCUGGGCCGAACCUGGAGGGCUCUGGCCUCCUCCCCAGGCCCAUCUUUUUCUGCAGCUUCCCCACACGGAUGCCGGGGGACAAGCGGUCUCCGCGGAUCACCGGGCUGUGUCCCUUUGGCUCCCGGGAGAUCCUGGUGGCAGAUGAGCAGAACAGGGCCCUGAAGCGCUUCUCCCUCAAUGGCGACUACAAGGGCGCGGUGCCCGUCCCCGAGGGCUGCUCCCCGUGCAGCGUGGCCGCCCUGCAGGACGCCGUGGCCUUCUCGGCUGGCGCUCGCCUCUAUCUCAUCCGCCCCAACGGCGAGGUGCAGUGGCGCCGGGCGCUGAGCCUCUGCCAGGCCAGCCACGCCGUGGCCGCCAUGCCGAGUGGGGACCGGGUGGCCGUCAGUGUGUCAGGCCACGUGGAGGUGUACAACAUGGAAGGCAGCCUGGCCACCCGGUUUAUCCCUGGGGGCAAGGCCAGCCGGGGCCUGCGGGCGCUAGUGUUCCUGACCACCAGCCCCCAGGGCAAUUUCGUGGGGUCAGAUUGGCAGCAGAGUAGCCUGGUGGUCUGUGACGGGCUGGGCCAGGUGAUUGGGGAGUACCGGGGGCCGGGCCUGCACGGCUGCCAGCCAGGCUCUGUGUCCGUGGAUAAGAAGGGCUACAUCUUUCUGACCCUUCGGGAGGUCAACAAGGUGGUGAUCCUCGAUCCGAAGGGGUCGCUGCUCGGUGACUUCCUGACGGCCUAUCACGGCCUGGAAAAGCCCCGGGUGACCACCAUGGUGGAUGGCAGGUACCUGGUUGUGUCCCUCAGUAAUGGGACCAUCCAUGUCUUUCGGGUCCGCCCUCCUGACAGUUAA